AUGUCCGGUAGCUCCAACAGCGCUUCGCGCAACAAUAUACUUCGCGACUUCAAGAGCCUGACGGGCAUGCCCGAAGCGAGGUGCACAGAGUACCUCGAAUCCGCAAACUGGGAUAUCGGCCUUGCCGCCCAGGCCUACUACGCCGACCACGACUCCGGCGAGGAAGAGAUCGAACCCGUUGCGCAGGCUCAAGCUUCUGCUCCUGCUCCUGCCGAAUACACCGGUCCCCGAACUCUCGAUGGACGACCCGCGCCUGAGUCGGCCGGCAGAGCGAGCACCGUAAAGAAGGCAGCGCCUAAGAAGAAGGGUCUCGCAACGCUUAGCUCUAUUGGAGGAGGCCACGCACACGACGAUGAUGACGAUGAAGAUGACGAGGACGACGACGACAGAGGCCGCGGCGACCUCUUUGCUGGCGGUGAAAAGUCUGGAUUGGCUGUGCAGGACCCGUCUCAAGAGGGCGGUGGUGCUAAGAAGAUCAUCAGCGACAUCCUCGCCAAGGCCAAGGCAAACGCAUCUCGGCCAGAGACUGCAUCGCCCGCGGGCCCUUCGCGCUCCGGUGCUUUCCGCGGAAGCGGCACCACAUUGGGUGGCGAGGGCUCAGAGAGCCGCAGUAUUCCCGAUCCUGAUGCUCAAGAGGGUGCGAGUGGCUCAGCGGGUGCGACUGGUGAGCCCCAGGAACGUACACUGCAUCUGUGGCAGGAUGGCUUCAGCAUUGACGACGGCGAACUUCACCGAUUCGACGAUCCCGAGAAUGCGAUGGAUCUGAACAUGAUCCGGGCUGGUAGAGCCCCUCUGCACUUGAUGAAUGUUCGCUACGAUCAGCCGGUCGACGUGAAGCUCCAUCAACACCAGGAGAACUACCACCCGUUGCCCAAGACAUACAAGCCGUUCGGUGGAGAGGGCCGCCGGCUCGGUAGCCCCGUUCCCGGUGAGAGCAGCUCCUCGUCGACCGCAGCCGCCCCUGCUGCUUCAGUCUCGGCCAGUGCCAGCUCGACGGGCCCUCAGCAGGCCGUCGAUGAGUCUCAGCCUACCCUGACCCUCCGUAUCCAGUUGCCCAACGGCACCAGGCUGCCUGCUCGCUUCAACACCACCAACACCGUCAAUGACGUCUACGAAUUUGUGCAGCGCGCUUCUGCGGAUACCCGCACUAGGUCCUGGGUGUUGGCCACGACUUUCCCCAACAAGGACCACACUGAUCGCAGCUUGGUAUUGGGCGAGAUGUCUGAGUUCAAGAAGGGCGGCACGGCGGUCGUCAAGUGGGCUUAA